AUGGCCGACCCGACGCCGGAAAACUACUGCCUCCUGCAAGGCUUCGAAUGGAACGUGCCCGCAGAUCAGAAACACUGGGUACGGCUGACAAACGCGGCGCAAGAGCUCAAAGACAUCGGCAUUGACAAUAUUUGGCUGCCGCCCGCAUGCAAGGGCAGCGGGGGCUCGGGGGCCAAUGGAUACGAUAUCUACGAUCUGUACGACGUCGGCGAAUUCGACCAAAAAGGGUCCAAGUCCACGAAAUGGGGCACCCGGGAGCAGUUGGACACCCUGGUCAAGAAGGCCCACGACGUCGGGGUCGGGCUGUACUUCGAUGCUGUGCUGAACCACAAGGCUGGUGCGGAUCGAAAGGAAAAAUGCCAAGUUAUCGAAGUUGAUCAGGCUGACCGCACCAAGGAGAUCGGUGAGCCGUUCGAAAUGGAUGCAUGGCUAGGCUUCGACUUCGCCGGGCGUGGCGACAAGUAUUCCACCCAAAAGUACCACUGGGAGCAUUUCUCGGGGACCGACUACGACGCCGGCACCGAGCGCACGGGCAUCUUCCGGAUCCUGGGCGACAACAAGUACUGGUCGGGCAGCGUGGGCGAUGAGUCAGGCAACGCGGAUUUCCUCAUGUUCGCGGAUCUAGACUACUCGCACCCAGAGGUGGCUGCGGACGUGACACACUGGGGCGAGUGGGUGGUGAGCGAGCUGAAGCUGUCUGGGUUCCGGUUCGAUGCCUGCCAGCACUUCUCAGAGCGUUGGACCAACGAGUUCGUCAACAACCUGGAGCAGAAGUUCGGCAAGAACUCGCUGUUCCUGGUCGGCGAGUUCUGGACGGGCGAUGUCGGCGCCAUGCUCGAGUACCUGGACCAGAUGCACCACAAGUUCAGCCUGUACGACUCGCCACUGCUCAACAACUUCUCGCAGCUGUCGCGGACGGAAAGCGCCGACCUGCGCCAGGUCUUUGACCAUAGUCUGGUCGAAGCCCGGCCCGACAGUGCGGUAACGGUGGUCAUGAACCACGACACGCAGCCCGGCCAGACGGUCGCCACGCCCAUCGAGGGCUUCUUCAAGCCUCUCGCCUAUGCUCUCAUCCUGCUUCGCAACCAGGGCUACCCGUGCGUCUUCUACGGCGACUUGUACGGCAUGCAGGGCGACAAUCCCGAGCCACCCUCCUGUGGCGGCAAGUUGGCGCAUUUGGUCCUGGCCCGCAAGCUGUUCGCGUACGGCGACCAGGACGACUACUUCGACGAGCCCAACUGUCUAGGCUUCGUCCGCCGCGGCACCCACGACCGCUCCGCCGGCUUAGCCUGUGUCUUGUCCAACGCCGGCCCGGGCCAGAAGAAGAUGUUUGUCGGCAAGGAACAUGCCGGCGAGCUGUGGUCUGACUUGCUGGCCUGGCAGCCCGACGAGGUCAAGAUCGACGAUGAUGGAUACGGCGAGUUCAUGUGUCCCGGCACGAGUGUCAGUGUCUGGACCAACAAAGACGCCGAGGGCCGCCACAAGAUUGACCAGUUGGACUUUGAUGCCGACAUUUAUGGAAAGGCUUGA